CACACACACACAGACAGCAGCCGCUACAGGGAAGAUGGAGGCUGGUGUGGCCGCGGCGGAGCGGACCUGCAGCCUGCAGCAACAUCGCUGCUGAUAGCAGAUCAGACCUCACAGAAUCUAAACCGACUGCUGUCAAGGUACACCUGAUAACAUAAGGUUCUUCCCAGCAGCAUUUGGUCUGAUCACAUAGAGGCGCCUGCUGAUGACAGACUCCUAAAACUUUUCUCUGACACGGUUUAAUAAACCAAAACAGACAACAUGAACCCGCAGGAGACGGAGCUCGGCCAGGAGGUGAUGGAGGAGACCGAUGCCGCUCCCCGCCAUCGUCACAACAACCACAACAACCACAACAGCCGGUCUCGUAACCACGGCAACCAGGAAAAGCGCUACAGGCGAUUUGAAGCUCCUGCCGGAGGAAGUUCUGGCAGCAGAGUGAGGGUGCCACAGCAGCACAGACCACAGGACGAACAAGACAUGGAGCUGCCACAUGAAGCUCAGUCCCCACAGCCCCAGCAGCCCCAUCCCAUUCCCCGACCCGCAGUCACACGUUAUCGCCGACAGGGGGACAGCGAGGCCCGGAUCAGAGCCCAGCAGCAGAGGCACAGACAGAGGCAGCAGAGAGAGGCAGAGAGAGCACAACAUUUAGCCCAACAACAGGAAAAGCAGCACCACACGGAGAUGACCCAGGAAGAUGAACGAGAGAGGGACGAUUCAGUGCUCGCCCGCUCAGCAAGCACAGAGAGUGGCUUCCACACCCAUACGGACCGGGCCGAGGGGGACGACGGUCUAGUGAUGAUGUCUCUGGAGCCUGAGGGGCAGCCAGAGGCGGAGGACGAGGCGGGGAACUACGGAAUUCAACUACGGCCGGAGGCGGAGGGAUACACUGAGAGAGCCGAGGCUGAGCAGCAACACCUCCAUGCACGUCCUAACUAUCCUCCUCUGCCCCCGCCACUGCCACGUGAACCCCUGCCUGAUAUCCAAAACCCCCAUAGACAGGAUGAGGCAGAGGAGAUGCUGAACACUGGCUACUCCAACUACGUCUACACCCAGCCCCUCAGCAACUCGGAAGAAAGGGACGAUGUCUCGGCCAGUCAGAGCUUGGAGAAUUUAGAUGACGUCCUUGCAGAUGAAGCCUACUCUGAGCCAUAUGACAUUUACUCACUCUCUGAGCAUGUUUAUGAGGAAAUCUGUGAUGCUCCUGCAUCAGUUUCAUCUGCUGCAGACAGGCCUGAGGACACCGAGUCCCUCCGACAGAGGCGGGCUGGCUUCCAGCUAUUGGAGGGCCGGGCAGGAGGUGGAGACUACCACCAGCAGGAGGCGGUGGGCUCCCGUCUUCGCCACUACGAUGAACGCUCGGAUGGUGAGUCAGACAGCCCAGAGAAGGAGGCAGAGUUCGCCCCAUACCCACGCGCUGACAGCUGCGACCAGGAGGAGGAUAUCGACAGCAUCGUGGCUGAGGUCAAAGAAAGCCUAAGCUCUCAAAGUCUUCAUCGUGCUGUCGAGGACACCAUAGCUGAAGAAAAUGAGCUACAGCAGGGGGAAGAACAUCCCCAAACUGACUCCCAAAUCGACUCUGACAAAAGCCACAAGGCUGCCAACGGAGGAAAGCCAGCCAGAAAGCAGGCAGGAAGUCCUUCAGAGGAGCUCGGAGCAGUGAGGAACAGUCAGGAGAAGAGGGACGCCAUAUCCCUGGCUAUCAAGGACAUUAAGGAGGCCAUAGAGGAGGUGAAGACCAGAACAGUGAGAUCUCCAUACACACCUGAUGAGCCCAAGGAGCCUAUUUGGGUAAUGAGACAGGACCUGAGCCCCACUGCCGAGUGUGACCUCCAGCCCUCAAUGGGGGCUGAUUCUCCAUGUUCAGGCUCGCCCUCUCCUCCAGGAGCAGAGUCCUCCACCAGACAUCUGCUGCAGGAGGACAGCUUUGAAUCUUCUCUCUCCAGUAAAGAGUCCAGAAGAAGUCUUGCAUCCUUCCCCACAUAUGUAGAAGUCCCCGGCCCAUGUGACCCAGAGGACCUGAUCGAUGGGAUCAUCUUCGCAGCCAACUACCUGGGCUCCACCCAGCUGCUGUCGGAUAAGACACCGUCCAAAAACAUCCGCAUGAUGCAGGCCCAGGAGGCCGUCAGCCGCAUUAAGACGGCCCAGAAAUUAGCCCAGAACAGGAAGAAGGCUCCUGAGGGCGAGCCUCAGCCCAUGACGGAGGUGGAUCUCUUCAUCUCCACCCAGAGAAUUAAAGUUCUCAACGCUGACUCCCAGGAGACAAUGAUGGACCACCCCUUGCGGACCAUCUCCUACAUUGCUGACAUUGGCAACAUCGUGGUUCUGAUGGCCCGGCGCAGGAUGCCUCGGCCCGACUCUCAGGAGAACGUGGAGGCCUCAGACCCAGGUCAAGACAGCAAGCGCCAGUACAAGAUGAUAUGCCACGUGUUUGAGUCUGAGGAUGCCCAGUUGAUUGCCCAGUCCAUCGGGCAGGCCUUCAGUGUGGCUUACCAGGAAUUCUUACGGGCCAAUGGCAUUAACCCCGAGGACCUGAGCCAGAAGGAGUACAGUGACCUGCUCAACACUCAGGACAUGUAUAAUGACGACCUCAUCCACUUCUCCAAGUCUGAGAACUGCAAAGAUGUGUUCAUAGAGAAAGCUAAGGGGGAGAUUCUGGGCGUGGUCAUCGUGGAGAGUGGGUGGGGCUCCAUUCUGCCCACUGUCAUCAUCGCCAACAUGAUGCAUGCUGGGCCGGCUGAGAGGUCUGGCAGAUUGAACAUAGGAGACCAGAUAAUGUCCAUUAAUGGGACCAGUCUGGUUGGACUGCCACUGUCCACCUGCCAGAGCAUCAUCAAGGGUCUGAAGAACCAGUCUGGGAUCAAACUGAACAUUGUCAGAUGUCCUCCAGUGACGACUGUACUCAUCAGACGGCCAGACCUCCGCUACCAGCUGGGCUUUAGCGUCCAGAAUGGCAUUAUCUGUAGCCUUAUGCGUGGGGGCAUUGCUGAAAGAGGCGGGGUCAGAGUGGGUCACCGCAUCAUCGAGAUCAACAGCCAGAGUGUGGUGGCCACGCCCCAUGAAAAAAUAGUCCACAUCCUGUCCAACGCCGUGGGAGAGAUCCACAUGAAGACGAUGCCUGCAGCCAUGUACCGCCUGCUGACCGCCCAGGAGCAGCCUGUUUACAUUUAA